AUGAGCAGAGCAUGCAUCUGGGAAGACGAGCAUAAGCCUUUCCUCCCCACCCUCGCCCUCCUUGCUGCCCCCAUUGCUGCCCUCCUUGCUGCCCCCAUUGCUGCCCUCCUUGCUGCCCCCAUUGCUGCCCUCCUUGCUGCCCCCAUUGCUGCCCUCCUUGCUGCCCCCAUUGCUGCCCUCCUUGCUGCCCCCAUUGCUGCCCUCCUUGCUGCCCCCAUUGCUGCCCUCCUUGCUGCCCCCAUUGCUGCCCUCCUUGCUGCCCCCAUUGCUGCCCUCCUUGCUGCCCCCAUUGCUGCCCUCCUUGCUGCCCCCAUUGCUGCCCUCCUUGCUGCCCCCAUUGCUGCCCUCCUUGCUGCCCCCAUUGCUGCCCUCCUUGCUGCCCCCAUUGCUGCCCUCCUUGCUGCCCCCAUUGCUGCCCUCCUUGCUGCCCCCAUUGCUGCCCUCCUUGCUGCCCCCAUUGCUGCCCUCCUUGCUGCCCCCAUUGCUGCCCUCCUUGCUGCCCCCAUUGCUGCCCUCCUUGCUGCCCCCAUUGCUGCCCUCCUUGCUGCCCCCAUUGCUGCCCUCCUUGCUGCCCCCAUUGCUGCCCUCCUUGCUGCCCCCAUUGCUGCCCUCCUUGCUGCCCCCAUUGCUGCCCUCCUUGCUGCCCCCAUUGCUGCCCUCCUUGCUGCCCCCAUUGCUGCCCUCCUUGCUGCCCCCAUUGCUGCCCUCCUUGCUGCCCCCAUUGCUGCCCUCCUUGCUGCCCCCAUUGCUGCCCUCCUUGCUGCCCCCAUUGCUGCCCUCCUUGCUGCCCCCAUUGCUGCCCUCCUUGCUGCCCCCAUUGCUGCCCUCCUUGCUGCCCCCAUUGCUGCCCUCCUUGCUGCCCCCAUUGCUGCCCUCCUUGCUGCCCCCAUUGCUGCCCUCCUUGCUGCCCCCAUUGCUGCCCUCCUUGCUGCCCCCAUUGCUGCCCUCCUUGCUGCCCCCAUUGCUGCCCUCCUUGCUGCCCCCAUUGCUGCCCUCCUUGCUGCCCCCAUUGCUGCCCUCCUUGCUGCCCCCAUUGCUGCCCUCCUUGCUGCCCCCAUUGCUGCCCUCCUUGCUGCCCCCAUUGCUGCCCUCCUUGCUGCCCCCAUUGCUGCCCUCCUUGCUGCCCCCAUUGCUGCCCUCCUUGCUGCCCCCAUUGCUGCCCUCCUUGCUGCCCCCAUUGCUGCCCUCCUUGCUGCCCCCAUUGCUGCCCUCCUUGCUGCCCCCAUUGCUGCCCUCCCCUCCUUGCUGCCCCAUUGCUGCCCUCCUUGCUGCCCCCAUUGCUGCCCUCCUUGCUGCCCCCAUUGCUGCCCUCCUUGCUGCCCCCAUUGCUGCCCUCCUUGCUGCCCCCAUUGCUGCCCUCCUUGCUGCCCCCAUUGCUGCCCUCCUUGCUGCCCCCAUUGCUGCCCUCCUUGCUGCCCCCAUUGCUGCCCUCCUUGCUGCCCCCAUUGCUGCCCUCCUUGCUGCCCCCAUUGCUGCCCUCCUUGCUGCCCCCAUUGCUGCCCUCCUUGCUGCCCCCAUUGCUGCCCUCCUUGCUGCCCCCAUUGCUGCCCUCCUUGCUGCCCCCAUUGCUGCCCUCCUUGCUGCCCCCAUUGCUGCCCUCCUUGCUGCCCCCAUUGCUGCCCUCCUUGCUGCCCCCAUUGCUGCCCUCCUUGCUGCCCCCAUUGCUGCCCUCCUUGCUGCCCCCAUUGCUGCCCUCCUUGCUGCCCCCAUUGCUGCCCUCCUUGCUGCCCCCAUUGCUGCCCUCCUUGCUGCCCCCAUUGCUGCCCUCCUUGCUGCCCCCAUUGCUGCCCUCCUUGCUGCCCCCAUUGCUGCCCUCCUUGCUGCCCCCAUUGCUGCCCUCCUUGCUGCCCCCAUUGCUGCCCUCCUUGCUGCCCCCAUUGCUGCCCUCCUUGCUGCCCCCAUUGCUGCCCUCCUUGCUGCCCCCAUUGCUGCCCUCCUUGCUGCCCCCAUUGCUGCCCUCCUUGCUGCCCCCAUUGCUGCCCUCCUUGCUGCCCCCAUUGCUGCCCUCCUUGCUGCCCCCAUUGCUGCCCUCCUUGCUGCCCCCAUUGCUGCCCUCCUUGCUGCCCCCAUUGCUGCCCUCCUUGCUGCCCCCAUUGCUGCCCUCCUUGCUGCCCCCAUUGCUGCCCUCCUUGCUGCCCCCAUUGCUGCCCUCCUUGCUGCCCCCAUUGCUGCCCUCCUUGCUGCCCCCAUUGCUGCCCUCCUUGCUGCCCCCAUUGCUUUGCUCCCCUCCUUGCUGCCCCCAUUGCUGCCCUCCUUGCUGCCCCCAUUGCUGCCCUCCUUGCUGCCCCCAUUGCUGCCCUCCUUGCUGCCCCCAUUGCUGCCCUCCUUGCUGCCCCCAUUGCUGCCCUCCUUGCUGCCCCCAUUGCUGCCCUCCUUGCUGCCCCCAUUGCUGCCCUCCUUGCUGCCCCCAUUGCUGCCCUCCUUGCUGCCCCCAUUGCUGCCCUCCUUGCUGCCCCCAUUGCUGCCCUCCUUGCUGCCCCCAUUGCUGCCCUCCUUGCUGCCCCCAUUGCUGCCCUCCUUGCUGCCCCCAUUGCUGCCCUCCUUGCUGCCCCCAUUGCUGCCCUCCUUGCUGCCCCCAUUGCUGCCCUCCUUGCUGCCCCCAUUGCUGCCCUCCUUGCUGCCCCCAUUGCUGCCCUCCUUGCUGCCCCCAUUGCUGCCCUCCUUGCUGCCCCCAUUGCUGCCCUCCUUGCUGCCCCCAUUGCUGCCCUCCUUGCUGCCCCCAUUGCUGCCCUCCUUGCUGCCCCCAUUGCUGCCCUCCUUGCUGCCCCCAUUGCUGCCCUCCUUGCUGCCCCCAUUGCUGCCCUCCUUGCUGCCCCCAUUGCUGCCCUCCUUGCUGCCCCCAUUGCUGCCCUCCUUGCUGCCCCCAUUGCUGCCCUCCUUGCUGCCCCCAUUGCUGCCCUCCUUGCUGCCCCCAUUGCUGCCCUCCUUGCUGCCCCCAUUGCUGCCCUCCUUGCUGCCCCCAUUGCUGCCCUCCUUGCUGCCCCCAUUGCUGCCCUCCUUGCUGCCCCCAUUGCUGCCCUCCUUGCUGCCCCCAUUGCUGCCCUCCUUGCUGCCCCCAUUGCUGCCCUCCUUGCUGCCCCCAUUGCUGCCCUCCUUGCUGCCCCCAUUGCUGCCCUCCUUGCUGCCCCCAUUGCUGCCCUCCUUGCUGCCCCCAUUGCUGCCCUCCUUGCUGCCCCCAUUGCUGCCCUCCUUGCUGCCCCCAUUGCUGCCCUCCUUGCUGCCCCCAUUGCUGCCCUCCUUGCUGCCCCCAUUGCUGCCCUCCUUGCUGCCCCCAUUGCUGCCCUCCUUGCUGCCCCCAUUGCUGCCCUCCUUGCUGCCCCCAUUGCUGCCCUCCUUGCUGCCCCCAUUGCUGCCCUCCUUGCUGCCCCCAUUGCUGCCCUCCUUGCUGCCCCCAUUGCUGCCCUCCUUGCUGCCCCCAUUGCUGCCCUCCUUGCUGCCCCCAUUGCUGCCCUCCUUGCUGCCCCCAUUGCUGCCCUCCUUGCUGCCCCCAUUGCUGCCCUCCUUGCUGCCCCCAUUGCUGCCCUCCUUGCUGCCCCCAUUGCUGCCCUCCUUGCUGCCCCCAUUGCUGCCCUCCUUGCUGCCCCCAUUGCUGCCCUCCUUGCUGCCCCCAUUGCUGCCCUCCUUGCUGCCCCCAUUGCUGCCCUCCUUGCUGCCCCCAUUGCUGCCCUCCUUGCUGCCCCCAUUGCUGCCCUCCUUGCUGCCCCCAUUGCUGCCCUCCUUGCUGCCCCCAUUGCUGCCCUCCUUGCUGCCCCCAUUGCUGCCCUCCUUGCUGCCCCCAUUGCUGCCCUCCUUGCUGCCCCCAUUGCUGCCCUCCUUGCUGCCCCCAUUGCUGCCCUCCUUGCUGCCCCCAUUGCUGCCCUCCUUGCUGCCCCCAUUGCUGCCCUCCUUGCUGCCCCCAUUGCUGCCCUCCUUGCUGCCCCCAUUGCUGCCCUCCUUGCUGCCCCCAUUGCUGCCCUCCUUGCUGCCCCCAUUGCUGCCCUCCUUGCUGCCCCCAUUGCUGCCCUCCUUGCUGCCCCCAUUGCUGCCCUCCUUGCUGCCCCCAUUGCUGCCCUCCUUGCUGCCCCCAUUGCUGCCCUCCUUGCUGCCCCCAUUGCUGCCCUCCUUGCUGCCCCCAUUGCUGCCCUCCUUGCUGCCCCCAUUGCUGCCCUCCUUGCUGCCCCCAUUGCUGCCCUCCUUGCUGCCCCCAUUGCUGCCCUCCUUGCUGCCCCCAUUGCUGCCCUCCUUGCUGCCCCCAUUGCUGCCCUCCUUGCUGCCCCCAUUGCUGCCCUCCUUGCUGCCCCCAUUGCUGCCCUCCUUGCUGCCCCCAUUGCUGCCCUCCUUGCUGCCCCCAUUGCUGCCCUCCUUGCUGCCCCCAUUGCUGCCCUCCUUGCUGCCCCCAUUGCUGCCCUCCUUGCUGCCCCCAUUGCUGCCCUCCUUGCUGCCCCCAUUGCUGCCCUCCUUGCUGCCCCCAUUGCUGCCCUCCUUGCUGCCCCCAUUGCUGCCCUCCUUGCUGCCCCCAUUGCUGCCCUCCUUGCUGCCCCCAUUGCUGCCCUCCUUGCUGCCCCCAUUGCUGCCCUCCUUGCUGCCCCCAUUGCUGCCCUCCUUGCUGCCCCCAUUGCUGCCCUCCUUGCUGCCCCCAUUGCUGCCCUCCUUGCUGCCCCCAUCGCUGCCCUCCUUGCUGCCCCCAUCGCUGCCCUCCUUGCUGCCCCCAUUGCUGCCCUCCUUGCUGCCCCCAUUGCUGCCCUCCUUGCUGCCCCCAUUGCUGCCCUCCUUGCUGCCCCCAUUGCUGCCCUCCUUGCUGCCCCCAUUGCUGCCCUCCUUGCUGCCCCCAUUGCUGCCCUCCUUGCUGCCCCCAUUGCUGCCCUCCUUGCUGCCCCCAUUGCUGCCCUCCUUGCUGCCCCCAUUGCUGCCCUCCUUGCUGCCCCCAUUGCUGCCCUCCUUGCUGCCCCCAUUGCUGCCCUCCUUGCUGCCCCCAUUGCUGCCCUCCUUGCUGCCCCCAUUGCUGCCCUCCUUGCUGCCCCCAUUGCUGCCCUCCUUGCUGCCCCCAUUGCUGCCCUCCUUGCUGCCCCCAUUGCUGCCCUCCUUGCUGCCCCCAUUGCUGCCCUCCUUGCUGCCCCCAUUGCUGCCCUCCUUGCUGCCCCCAUUGCUGCCCUCCUUGCUGCCCCCAUUGCUGCCCUCCUUGCUGCCCCCAUUGCUGCCCUCCUUGCUGCCCCCAUUGCUGCCCUCCUUGCUGCCCCCAUUGCUGCCCUCCUUGCUGCCCCCAUUGCUGCCCUCCUUGCUGCCCCCAUUGCUGCCCUCCUUGCUGCCCCCAUUGCUGCCCUCCUUGCUGCCCCCAUUGCUGCCCUCCUUGCUGCCCCCAUUGCUGCCCUCCUUGCUGCCCCCAUUGCUGCCCUCCUUGCUGCCCCCAUUGCUGCCCCCCAUUGCUGCCCCCCUUGCUGCCCCAUUGCUGCCCUCCUUGCUGCCCCCAUUGCUGCCCUCCUUGCUGCCCCCAUUGCUGCCCCCCUUGCUGCCCCCAUUGCUGCCCUCCUUGCUGCCCCCAUUGCUGCCCCCCUUGCUGCCCCCAUUGCUGCCCCGACUGUCGCCCCCAUGGGUCUCAUCGCUCCUGCUUCCAGAGUUGUCCCCAUCCGCAUCAGUGCUGGCACAGUCCGCGUGUGCAGCAUGCGCUAUAUCGAGUACGUACUGUAG